GUUAUCCGUUUUGAUACACAAAAGCACCAUAGCCCCACAACUCCCCCGUGUGACCCCCUUGACUCGGUCCAACGUUAACCUUGACGCCGCCUUGGGUAGUACUGCCUCGUAAACCUAUUCGGGUCCUGGUUCUUGUGCCGCUGAGCAGAAAUCGCAUAUUCCCACGUAUCGCAGUCAUGACUUUGCGGGAUGCGCUCCUGGCAGGUCUCAACAGCCUGCCAGGCACUCGUGAGUUCCAUCUUCAUGUCUUGGUCUCAUCACCCAGAAAGCACGGGAACCUUUUCCCGUUUGCAAAUCCACGACCGAGGUCGUACUUGCAGGAUAUUUUGAUUCUGCUUUCCGAACAAACCACACCAGACUCUCCCUCCGUUUUCGUCUCUGCAAUCGAAGCAUGCGUAUAUAACAUCCCAACGACGUCCUGUGCGAUAUUGUAUGUCUCAAAAGUCGACUCUACUGGGCAAGCAACUGCCCCAUCUCCCACUCCAGCUCUUGUUCGCGCACUCUUGCUGUUCUACGCAGACCCUGCCACGCGUCCCGUCUCCGCCGACCACCUGUGGAUUCACGUGUUUGCAAGAGCACAGAAUCAAUAUCUAUUCCCCAACUCUUCAGAAUACCCGAAAAAACACCCCCUGAGCGACAUCAAACUCUGUGCUUGGUGGAAACGCCAAUUCAGCACCGUCAUAGGCGAAUUAACGUCUCGCGUGGGCGAUACCUGCCGCACGAAAUUAUAUUAUACUCUACCCGGUCUCAGCGAGUUUGAAGCUCAUCACUCGCUAGAGAGGGUAUACCCAUCGACUGGUUCGACGUCCAGUUGGACAUACGGUCACCCUUAUUCCCAGGACGAAAUUCCCCUACCAUGUCCUUGUCCUUCCGGGGGCGAUUCGCCUCGCCAUCUAGGACAAUGUAUACCGUCAUUUGAUGAUGACCCCAAAUCUCGGUUUAUCGAUGAGAUUGCGUACACAACGGAUGCGGAUGGGGUAAGGUCCCCAGAGCGAAAACGCCCAAGAGCGGAUACGUUAAAGACGUACGAAGAAGACACAUCGUCAGCCGACGCUUCAGAAAAGAAGGAAGGUCGGAGUAAAAAAGAGGACCAGACCCAUAAAGAAGUCAAGAAGGUGUCUGUGGAAGAAUUCUGGGAGCGGAUGUCGUUCCGACAGGAAUGUAUUGCAGGGGCGGUCACCGGGUUUUUCGUCAUCGCUGUCUCUGCCGCCACACCACCUUCGACUCUCUCGACAAGUGAAGUGUCGCCGCUCGCGCCCCAACCAGGGCAGGUUUCUUCACAGAUGAACAAACGUGUAUUGACGUCACUAUUAACUGCUCAUGAAUUUCCAUCUGUGGAAAAGGCGGUGUGGUCGACUAAAGUGAUUGAAGAUUCUAUACGAGGGUUAUGCGAUGGUCUCAAGUCGAAUCCUCUUCCGCUUGUCAUACCAGACAGGUCGGGCCGACGAACACCCGAGCCAGACCCUGUUCGGACCACUCUAGCACCUCCACAGACGCCCCCACCUCGUCUUGUCAAUGGAAAAAGGCCGAUCGUUGACAUAUCUCCCAAUCCAUUUCCGGAACCAGUUGCUUCUCUGGAAACAUACCAUUCGUACAUAUUCGGUUCGAUUGCGGUCAAAAAUCGCCCAGCGCCGACGAAAGAACGCAGCGAAGCCACACUGAGCGCUAGUAACGGCACACCUCCAAUAAUCACGGUGCUGACAGCGAGGAAGAAGCGGACGAAAUCAUAAAGGGAUGCGCGGUGAAUAACGGUCAGCCUAUUAGAUGAAAUGUGUGCUAAUAGAUUUAAAAUAGAUUUCUAGGAGGCUACCGCGUUUACGUCGCUGGCGUUGACGUAUGAUGUGGGUGGGAUUCACUGGCUUGUAGGAGAGUGUCGCGGGUACCCAUUUAUGGGGUGUAUGUCGCUUAUGAAAGAGAUGCUAACGCCUCGCGUUAGGCUGAUGAUCGGAUCUUGGACCGUGUACUUCAUGG